AUGGGCCAGACUCGUCGAGCACAUCGUAAGUCCCGAGCGGGGUGCGAGGAAUGCAAGCGACGUCGUAUCAAGUGUGGCGAAGAGAAGCCGACGUGCGCUCACUGUACUCGGCAUCUGGUAGCUUGUGUAUAUCCCUCAAAAGCUUCCGUGAGAGCGAAAGCCAACAGAGAUUCACCGUUGCGCACAACGGCCUCACCUGCAACACCAUCACAGCAAGGAACCAGUUCAAGUGACUCUUAUCCUACUAGCUACCAGAGCAACGUCGCCUUCGAUUCGUCUCUCUAUACGCUGAGCGACCUGGCAUUGCUUCACCACUGGACCACGAUCACUAGCCCCAAUAUUGUUCAUUCGCCAUCGGUUAACCACAUUUGGCAGUCGGGGUUUCCACAGUUUGCAUUUAAGAAUGGCUCGUUGAUGAGCAGGAUCCUCAGUCUCGCAGCAUUACACCGCGCCUAUCUGGACCCUGCCAAUCGACACUCAGCCAUGCUAGUCGCUGGCCAACACCACAGCCAAGCGAUUAAGGGGCUCAUGGAUGGCUUACAAGAAAACACCGGUUCAGACUCCGGCAAUGCUAUAUUUGCAAACGCGGUGUUGACUUUCCUUUACGCGUUCAUCUCCUUCGGACCACUCUACAACGACGAACAAACUGGCGCGAACACCGCCGCUCAUACGUCUCGUAUUCUAGGCGCAUCUUGGAUCCCUUUGAUUCGUGGACUGGCGCCUGUUAUAGAGCAAGUCCAGGAGCAGGUUGCUACGGGUCCUCUGGGCUCCUUGCUUGACAUUGCCAAGUGGAUGGAGCUGCAUCCAGGCACAGAGGACGACCCUGAUGACCAACACAUCUGGCGAAUCGGCGACAUUUGGCGCAAAGGAGACCACAGUAGUGAACACGCUGAUGCCUACAGCCAGACGUUGCUCGCUUUGCGGCAGUGCAAUAUGUGGCUGAAACAGUCUGGUACCUGGCAAGACGACGAUAGCCCACUAAAAGCAAACUACGGGCCUUGGUCAGGACCUUUUAUCUGGAUUUCUAUUACUCCCGAGACCUACUUUACGCUCCUCCAUCAGCGGCAACCGCCGGCGAUGAUCAUAUUCGCCUGUUUCGGAGCCCUGCUUCACAAAAUGAACCACUAUUGGUGGAUGGAAGGAUGUGGCAGAAGCAUAGUCGAGGCUGUGGAUCAAUGUCUUGGCCCAUAUUGGAGUGACUGGAUGGACUGGCCAAAGCAAGUUCUGCAAUCAGCAACGCCAAAUUGCUUGACCUGA